AUGGAGCUUCUUGGUGGUGUCCAGAAGAUCAUCUCAAAGCAGCAGAAUAUCCAUAUUGCAGCUAUUCAAAUACCCAAUAUGAAGAAAACCAUUUCACGCAUCAUUCUCUCGCUCAUUGUCUACGGAAUUGUAUUUUGCCUAUCGGAAUUAUUUGCCCUAAUCUACGUAUUAAAUUAUCCUGGGGUUAAUUUUCCGCUUAUCUACGAAAUUCGCGAAUUACUUGCUUUCGAAGAAUUCGAGGGUUCCCUCUAUAUGAUUGCACUCAUUUUAAUGUUUCAAACUUUUGCUCUGAGCCUCUUUGGGGAGAUUCUUGCAGUCAAUACGGGCAAUAUUGGAGAUUCUCUGUACCUAACUGAAUGGUAUGCGAUGCCCCUUCGUGAGCAGACAUCAAUUCUUUUCAUGAUGCGUUUGGGACAGAAAUCUUAUGGAAUUAAAGCUGGAGGUCUCGUGGCAAUUUCCUUUAAUACAUUUGUCGAUGUGAUUAAAGCAUCGAUGUCCUAUUGCGCCCUCCUGUAUGCUUUAACAAAGAAUUAA